AAAUACUGUCAUUGUUGUGUUGUGUAUGUUUUAUUCCAUUUAAUCAUUCAUAUUUUUAUUACCUAAACGAUAUCUCGUUGAAUAUUCCUAUAAUAUAAUAAGUCACAUGAGCCUAGAGUAACACACUGCUCAACCUAUUAAAAUUCCAAUCACAUAUUAUCAUUCCAACAAACCCAAACAUUGUAAACAUAAAAAUUAGUUUUUAACCAACACUAGCUACCCCAAAAUCCGCUUAAAAAUGGGUGGUAAAGCCGAAAAGGGUACUCCGAAGUACAUCGCUAACAAGAUAAAAGCCAAGGGACUGCAGAAACUGCGCUGGUAUUGUCAAAUGUGUCAGAAACAGUGUCGUGAUGAGAACGGUUUUAAAUGCCAUACGAUGUCCGAAUCACACCAAAGGCAGCUUUUGCUGUUCGCUGACAAUGCUAACAAGUACAUAGAUGAGUUCUCCAAGGAGUUCUCGGACGGUUACUUGGAAUUAUUGAAGCGGCAAUUUGGCACAAAAAGAGUCAAUGCAAACAAAGUGUAUCAAGACUACAUUUCUAACAGAGAUCACCUCCACAUGAACGCUACACAAUGGGAGACGCUCACAGAGUUCGUGAAAUGGCUCGGACGGGAGGGCAAGUGCGUUGUGGACGAGACGGAGAAGGGCUGGUUCGUGGCGUACAUUGACAGGGACCCGGCUGCUGUGGCUGCGAUGGAGGCGAAAGCCAAGAAGGAGAAGAUGGACAAAGAUGAUCAGGAACGAAUGCUAGAAUUUAUCGGGAAGCAAGUCGCGCGUGGUAAAAAGGAGGGUACUACUGCAAGCGAACCAACUUACUCCGAAUUCAAGAGGGAAAGUAGCCAAGAUAGAGUCACUCUCAGUUUGAACUUGAAGAGGAAAUGUGAAGGCAAAAAACCUGAGUCGUUACCAACAUCAGCAUUUAAAUUGAAAUCAAAAGAUGACAGCAAAAAGACAAAAUCAGAUGUAACCGUUGAGAAGAACAAGAAAUCAGCUUUGGAUGAGAUCAUGAUGAUGGAGGAGAAGGCUAAAGAGAAGGCCAACAGAAAAGAUUAUUGGCUCACUGAUGGCAUCAUAGUGAAAAUAGUGACAAAAUCUUUGGGCGACAAUUUCUACAAGCGCAAAGGUAUUGUUGAGAAAGUCAUAGAAAAAUACGCGGCUCAGGUUAAACUGGUCGAUGACGGUGUCAGAUUGAAGUUGGAUCAGAAUCAUUUGGAAACGGUGAUACCAUCAGCGGGUAGGUCGGUGCGUUUCGUGAACGGCGCGUAUCGCGGUGAAAAAGGCGUACUGAAAGACAUAGAUACUGACAAUUUCUGCUGCGAUGUUGAGAUUUCAGAAGGCCUGCUCACCGGCCGUUUGGUAAAGGGAGUACAAUAUGAAGACAUUAGCAAAAUGGCGUCGUGACGUGAAUUAACAUAAUAGUUAAUAGUGUUUGUAAAUAAAAUUAAUUAUAUAUUUUUAAGAUAUGA